AGAGAGAGAGAGAGAGAGUCCGGAGUGGCGGAUGAGGAGCAGCAGCAGCGCACAGAAACGUCCUCUACAGAUCCACAGAGCAGCGGACCUCCGCAGCAGACUGGACCCGCUGACUGAUCUCAGCUCAGUGCCACCGAACAGAACACUGCACCGGAUCCCCGCCUGUGACACCGCAGUGACGUUCAUUGCCCGGCGGACAUCACUUGGGUCGGGAUGUUCUGGAUGUGAAAGAUGGAGUUUUCCUCCCCUCCGCUGCUGGAUACGCUACCGCUCCGUGUCCGCUCCUCCAGUCCUCCCAGCGCCGCCGACCGGUCUCCAGCCGCCUCCGCCCGACAGGUGAGCAGGUCGGGGACACCGGAGAGCCGGUGGGCGGGUCUGGAGUCCCCGGAGCCCGCAGGCUUGGUACCAGCCGGACAGCAGAGCACCUGACAGACAGCUCCAUGCUGUCCCCCCUCUACCAGGACCAUGGCGGCACGGUGGUGUGGCCCCAGACCUCAUCCUGCUCCUCCUCCUCUCAGGGCGUCCACCGGCCGCUACGCUGCCCCCCUCCCCCGAUCAGCGGGAGCAGCGUGGGCCCCAACCCCACCUACUAUCACGCCGUCUACGACGUCCGGGUCGACCAGUACAGAGAUGUGCCAUUUCUCGGCGGAGGCGGCGGCUACGGGGUCCGGUCCGGUCGAGGCUCCUUGUCCCUGGUCACCAGCAGCACUGACCCCACCGUCCCACUCAUCCGCAGGAGGGGAGGACUGGUGGACCACCGCGAUGUCAUCCUGGCUCACCAGGCACACAAGCGGCACAACACGCCGCAGGCCCGGAGGAAACAGUGGGAAAUGGCGCGUUUUGGAGACGAGCUACCCAACAGGUAUGGAGGAGGAGGAGGAGGAGGUGGUGGUGGCGGUGGUGGCGGGGGUGCCGGCGGACAAGGGGGGCCCGGCCGUGGCGGCAGCAGGCAAGGGGGGCCCCCCGGAGCGCAGCGGAUGUACAAGCAGUCGAUGGCCCAGAGAGCCCGGACCAUGGCCCUGUACAACCCCAUACCCGUCCGGCAGAGCUGCCUAACGGUCAACCGCUCCCUCUUCCUCUUCAGCGAAGACAACCUGGUGAGGAAGUACGCCAAAAAGAUCACCGAAUGGCCUCCAUUUGAAUGGAUGAUCCUCACCACCAUCAUUGCAAACUGCAUCGUCCUGGCUCUGGAGCAGCAUCUUCCUGAUGGAGACAAGACGCCUCUGUCCGAGCGACUGGAGGACACAGAGCCCUACUUCAUAGCCAUCUUCUGUUUUGAGUCUGGGAUAAAGAUCCUGGCUCUGGGUUUUGCGUUACAUAAGGGCUCGUACCUGCGGAACGGCUGGAACGUCAUGGACUUUGUGGUCGUGCUCACCGGUAUUUUGUCGUCAGUGGGGUCUCAGCUCGACCUGAGGACACUACGAGCCGUCAGAGUGCUGCGACCACUGAAACUGGUGUCUGGGAUUCCCAGCCUGCAGGUGGUGCUCAAGUCCAUUAUGAAGGCUAUGAUCCCCCUGCUGCAGAUCGGCUUGCUGUUGUUCGUGGCCAUCCUCAUGUUCGCCAUCAUCGGCCUGGAGUUCUACAUGGGAAAGUUCCACGCGACCUGCUUCGACGAAGUCACACGAGAAGUGGUGGAUGAAUUACCGUGUGGCACAAUGCUGCCGUCCAGGUUGUGUCCGAACGGCACGGUGUGUAGCGGCGGCUGGCUCGGACCAAACUACGGCAUCACCCAGUUCGACAACAUCCUGUUCGCCGUGCUCACCGUCUUCCAGUGCAUCACCAUGGAGGGAUGGACCGACAUGCUCUACUUCAGUAAUGAUGUGGAGGGCAGUGCCUGGAACUGGAUGUACUACAUCCCGCUCAUCAUCAUCGGCUCCUUCUUCAUGCUCAACCUGGUGCUGGGUGUACUCUCAGGUGAAUUUGCCAAAGAGAGAGAGCGAGUGGAGAACCGGAGCGAGUUCCUCAAGCUGAGGCGACAGCAGCAGAUUGAGAGAGAGCUCAACGGAUACCUGGAGUGGAUCUGCAAAGCAGAGGAGGUGAUUUUGGCUGAAGACGACGCCACAGGGAACUUUGAUGGUACGAGGCGAAGGCCAACCAUCAAAACCAAAAACAACAAGACGGAGCUGCUGAACCCUGAGGAAGGAGAGGACAACAUGGGGGACGCAGUGGGUUUCGCCCGCUCCAGUAUAAAGAGCGGUAAGGAUGGCAAUUACAAUAAGACGGAGCGGCGGAUGCGAUUCUUCAUCCGCAAGAUAGUGAAGACGCAGGCGUUCUACUGGACGGUGCUCUGCCUGGUCGGCCUCAACACCAUGUGUGUGGCUGCGGUGCACUACAACCAGCCGGAGCUGCUCUCUGACUUCCUCUUCUAUGCAGAGUUUAUCUUCCUCGCUUUGUUCAUGUCCGAGAUGCUGAUCAAGAUGUACGGUCUGGGCAUCCAGCCCUACUUCCACUCCUCAUUCAACUGCUUCGACUGUGUGGUGAUCGUGGGCAGCAUCUUCGAGGUGGUGUGGGCCACCAUCAAACCGGGCACGUCGUUUGGGAUCAGCGUGUUACGAGCUCUGCGACUUCUCCGCAUCUUCAAAGUCACAAAGUACUGGGCUCCUCUUCGGAACCUGGUGGUGUCUCUGUUAAACUCCAUGAAGUCCAUCAUCAGCCUGCUGUUCCUCCUCUUCCUCUUCAUCGUGGUCUUUGCCUUGUUGGGGAUGCAGCUGUUCGGAGGACAAUUCAACUUUGAAGGCGGAACCCCUCCAACUAACUUUGACACUUUUGCAGCGGCGAUCAUGACGGUGUUUCAGAUCCUGACAGGAGAGGACUGGAACAUGGUGAUGUACGACGGCAUCGAGUCCCAGGGAGGAGUGAACGACAAAGGGAUGGUCUUCUCCAUUUUCUUCAUCGUCCUCACACUCUUUGGCAACUACACUCUGCUUAACGUCUUCUUGGCCAUCGCUGUCGACAAUCUGGCCAACGCCCAGGAGCUCACCAAGGACGAGGAGGAGCAGGAGGAAGCAGCCAAUCAGAAGACAGCGAUGCAGAAGGCUAAGGAGGUGGCAGAGGUCAGCCCGCUGUCAGCUGCCAACCUGUCGAUCGCUGCUAAGGAGCAGCAGAAGAACCACAUCAAGGGCAACAAGUCGGUGUGGGAGCAGAGGACGAGCGAGAUCCGCCGGCAGAACCUGAUGACGAGUCGCGAGGCGCUCUACAACGAGCUAGAGCAGGAGGACUGGAAGGUGGGAGGGGAGGGAGAUGAGGUGUCUUAUCCCCGGAAAGGACGCGGUGAUAUGAAGACGCACCUUGAUCGUCCGUUGGUGGUCAACCCGCAGGACAACCGCAACAACAACACCAACAAGACCCAGCCAGGUGAGCUGCCUCUCGACCAGGAGUACCGGCGCCAGGACAUGGACCACUACCACCGAGCCACCCACUAUCACCGCCACCACCAUCAUCAGAAAGCAGUCGGACCGGACGGCGGAGGGACGGGCCAGCCGGCCGAGACCCGCCUGGAGCACGGCUUCAGCUGCACGUCUCUGGGCAACGUGGAGGCCCAGCAAGGGGAGGAGAGGCACGGCCACCGGAGCCACCGGGGCCACAGGCACAGGAACAGGGAGGGCCGGGAGGCUCGCAGCGUGUCCCCCCACCACAGCGAGGCCGGAGAGGGGAACAACGAACACAGGAAGUCCAGGCAGCACCGCAGGCCGGGCAAGGAAGGGGAGGAAGGCAGAAGACACAGAUCCAGGGGGACGGAGGGAGAGGGGGAGAAAAGUGCGGACGGGGAGGGACGGAAGACGAGACGGCAUCGCCAUGGCAACCAGGAGAGGAGCCGAGGACAUCGCACCAGAAAGGAGCACCACAGCACCUGUCCCAGCCUCUCCACGACACGACCCAUUCAGCAGUACAACGAGGACCUGGACAACUUCCGCAACAACAGCAAGCUGGCCAGCGCCCACGAGCACCCGUACGCCCUCCCACCGGAUCACCCCGACCACCCCGACCACGUCAACAACCUGCUGAACUGCCGCGACGCCGACACCCACACGCUGCUCCACAGCAUGGACAGCCUGAUCCUGACCAGCAUGGCCAAACCCGAGUACACAAAGAUAGACAUGCCACCUGUCUACCCCUACCCCUCCACCAACGCUAUCCUGCAAGUGAACAAAAACGCCAACACUGACCAGAAGAAGAACGAGGAGAAGAAGGAGGAGGAGGACGAAGGAGGAGAUGAAGACGGACCCAAACCAAUGCCUCCCUACAGCUCCUGCUUCAUCAUGUCCACCACCAACCCGUUUCGCAAGUGCUGUCACUACAUCCUGACUCUGAAGUAUUUCGAGUUCAGCAUCCUGUCCGUCAUCGCCAUGAGCAGCAUCGCCCUCGCUGCAGAGGACCCCGUCUGGCCUGACUCACCGCGAAAUAAUGUGCUGCGUUAUUUUGACUACGUUUUCACAGGCGUCUUCACGUUUGAAAUGUUGAUCAAGAUGGUGGUGCUCGGCUUGUUUCUCCACCAGGGCUCCUACUUCCGCGACUUGUGGAACAUUCUGGACUUUAUAGUGGUUAGUGGUGCUCUGGUGGCCUUCGCCUUCACGGGGAGCAGCAAGGGCAAAGACAUCAGUACGAUCAAGUCCCUUCGUGUGCUCAGGGUGCUGCGACCUCUCAAGACCAUUAAACGACUUCCCAAGUUAAAGGCUGUGUUUGACUGUGUGGUCAACUCUCUGAAGAACGUGUUGAACAUCUUGAUCGUCUACAUGCUCUUCAUGUUCAUCUUCGCCGUGGUGGCCGUGCAGCUUUUCAAGGGCCGCUUCUUCUACUGCACGGACGAAUCCAAAGAGUUUGAGCGCGACUGCAGGGGCGAGUACUUGGUGUAUGAUAGAGAUGAGGUCAAAGCCCAGAAGCGGGAGUGGAAGAAGUACGAUUUUCACUACGACAACGUGGCUUGGGCCCUGCUCACCCUCUUCACUGUCUCCACUGGAGAGGGGUGGCCGACGGUGUUAAAGCACUCGGUGGACUCCACCUAUGAGAAUCAGGGCCCUAGCCCAGGUUACAGGAUGGAAAUGUCCAUCUUUUACGUGGUGUACUUCGUUGUCUUCCCCUUCUUCUUCGUAAACAUCUUUGUGGCUCUCAUCAUUAUCACCUUCCAGGAACAGGGGGAUAAGAUGAUGGAGGACUAUAGUUUAGAAAAGAACGAGAGAGCCUGUAUAGAUUUCGCCAUCAACGCCAGGCCUCUGACUCGCCACAUGCCGAAGAAUAAACUCAGCUUCCAGUAUCGCAUGUGGCAAUUUGUAGUUUCUCCGCCCUUCGAGUACAGCAUCAUGGCUCUGAUUGCGCUCAACACCAUCGUCCUUAUGAUGAAGUUUGACGGUGCAUCGGAAACGUAUGAUGAAGUCCUGAAGAACCUCAACAUUGUGUUUACCACCUUCUUCUUCAUGGAAUCAGUCCUCAAGGUCAUCGCGUUCGGCCCUCUGAAUUUCUUCAGAGACGCCUGGAACAUUUUUGAUUUUGUGUCCGUCCUCGGAAGCAUCACUGACAUUUUAGUGACAGAGUUAGGGAACAACUUCAUCAACUUGAGCUUCCUGAGGCUGUUCAGAGCAGCUCGUCUCAUCAAGCUGCUCAGGCAGGGAGAGACCAUCCGAAUCCUGCUGUGGACCUUCGUCCAGUCCUUCAAGGCUCUGCCGUAUGUGUGCCUGCUCAUUGCCAUGCUCUUCUUCAUCUACGCCAUCAUCGGCAUGCAGCUGUUCGGGAAUCUGGCGCUGGAUGAGGAGAGAGAGGGCGCCAUCAACGAGCACAAUAACUUCAGAACCUUCAUCAUGGCCCUGAUGCUGCUCUUUAGGAGUGCUACGGGCGAAGCGUGGCAUGAGAUCAUGUUAGCUUGUCUGGGUGGUAAGGAAUGUGACAAGAACUCAGGGAACUCAGGACCUGAAUGUGGCAGCACCUUCGCCUACACCUACUUUGUCUCCUUCAUCUUCCUCUGCUCUUUCCUGAUGCUGAAUCUGUUCGUGGCCGUCAUCAUGGACAACUUUGAGUACCUGACCAGGGACUCGUCCAUCCUGGGGCCGCAUCACCUGGACGAGUAUGUAAGGAUAUGGGCCGAGUACGACCCCGCUGCUUGCGGCCGGAUCAGUUACACAGACAUGUAUCAGAUGCUAAGACACAUGUGUCCGCCGCUAGGCCUCGGGAAGAGGUGUCCCGCCCGGGUCGCCUAUAAGAGGCUGCUGCGCAUGGAUCUGCCGGUUGCUGAUGACAACACGGUGCAUUUUAACUCAACCCUCAUGGCUCUGAUCAGGACAGCACUGGAUAUAAAGAUUGCCAAGGGCGGUGCAGACAAGCACCAGAUGGAUGCAGAGCUGAGAAAAGAGAUGAUGGCUAUUUGGCCGAACUUGUCGCAGAAGACGCUGGACCUGCUGGUUACACCGCACAAGGCAGCCACAGACUUGACGGUGGGCAAAAUCUACGCCGCCAUGAUGAUCAUGGAAUACUACCGGCAGAGCAAGACGAAAAAGCUGCAGGCCCUGCGAGAGGAACAGAACCGAACGCCAUUAAUGUUUCAGCGCCUGGAACCGCCCUCUGAGGGAGGGGGCACCGACGGCCAGGGGGGCCAAGGCCUGAACGGCCUCCCCAGCACCCAGCCGGACAACCUCAACAGCAUACCUCCUGAGGGUGGCAUGACUGAGAGCCAGUCGUGGGUGACGGCCAAAGCCCAGGAAAUGUUCCAAAAGGGUAACUGGAGCCCCGACAGACCCUACCCCGACGAUCACCACGACAACCGUCACAACUCUCAGAAGGUAGAGAUGAGGGAGAUGGGGCGGGACGGGUACUCCGACACUGAGCCCUAUCACCCAAUGGAUGGGCACGGGCGGACCCUCUCCAUGCCCCGCCUCUCGGCAGACAACCAAAGAGCUCAUGCUGUUUCGACCAUCACCGACACCAGUCCGAUGCGUCGCUCCACCUCCAGCCUGGUCCAUGGGCGUCCGGGUCGGGGCGUAAGGCUGGAUGACUACUCCCUGGAGAGGGUGGUGUCCGAGGAGGGGAGACACGGUGGACGCAGAAACAGGGACAGGAGCCACCGUACCUCACAGCGCUCCCUCACCAGAUACACCGACGCAGACACGGGCCUGGGCACAGACCUCAGCACCACCACGCAGUCGGGCGACCUCCCACCGAAGGAGCGCGAGCGUGACCGCGGCCGGACCAAGGACCGUCGUCACCACCACCACCACCAUCACCAUCACAGCUCCAUGGACAAGGAGCGCUACGGCCCAGACCGCCAUGACUACCCCCACAGGCAUCCCCAUGACCGCCACUGGUCCCGCUCACCCAGCGAGGGGCCCGAUGGACGAGGACACAGACAGGGCAGUAGUUCGGUGAGCGGCAGCCCGGUCCCCUCCACCUCGGGGACCAGCACUCCAAGGAGAGGCCGUCGCCAGCUGCCCCAGACCCCUGCUGUACCCCGUCCACAUGUCACCUACUCCCCCGCUGUCCGAAAGCCGAGCUACGGUCCCCCAGGUCCGGGCCGACUGCGCUCGCCCUCCCCCAGACACUUCUCCCCACCAGACCAUGACAGGGGCUACCACCACCGGCCCCCAUCACGCCAGGCGUCUCCACACCACGGGGGCUCCGGGUCCCGGCACGGUUCUCCACGCUCCCCUCGGCACCAGUCCCCGCGCUCGCCCCUCCACGGCUCACCUAGGUCCCCUCAUCGAGGCCGCUGGAGCGGGCCCCCGCCUGGGGACAGCCUGGAGGGCGACGGGCCCUUCUACGAGCGCGACUACGAGUACGAGCGCCAUCAUGAGCCCCCUGCCUACGAGCAAAGCCUCUCUCAUGGCAACCCACACCCACAUGGGGGAAAUCCUCACCCACACCCACGCUCACCAAGGACUGCCCGCCACGGGCCCCCUCCACCCCCUCACCCACAUCCACGUAGGGUGCCCAAUGGCUACCGCUCAUCCUCACCUUCUCCACAUCGGAGGGGGCCACCUGGGGCGCCACCCCAUCCACACCACCGCCCCCCACAUGCCAGAGGGCCCCGCAAAGGCCUGCAUGAACCUUAUAGUGAGACGGAUGAGGAUGACUGGUGCUAGCAACCACAGGGAGCGAGGGAUAAGGGCAGGAGAGGAGAAGAAGAAUAGCAGCCUCCGGUGCUCUGGCCUUGGAAAUGUAGACUUUUGAUAAAGCGGAGUGGAGUGAAAUGUUGGAGGGGUUUGAACGCACUCCAAACCCUCUACCUUUAGCCCUCGGACUCUAAAUGAGAGGAAAGGGUGGUGGGGAGGGGGGGGGUGAAGGUGCUGCAAAUAGCCUUUUACAAAUUUUGUGUGAGACUCAAAUCAGUGAGAGCAGCACGUGGAUGAACUGAAAAAAGAGACUGCCAAGACACCCGGGGCACAGUGCACCUCCGCCUCUCUCAGUCUCAGAACUAAAGAAUUCCCUGCUUGACCAGCAAGGCCAGGCUGCAGGCGGACGAGAGAGGCGUGGGGCCGGAAAAGCGAGGGAGGAGCAUGUAAAAUGGCCGGGAGUCGAUCGCCGUUUACGAGGCCUGACAGCACUUCUCCCAGACUGUUGCGCGAUUGGUUAGUCUCGCCAGAUGUGCGCUAUCUGUUUGCUGGCCAAGUCUGCAAAUGUAAAAGCCUGAACAUGAGCUGGAACACAGAGUCCACCGCUUUGAUUCUGCUCCUUGAACUGAUAUGUUUAAAGAAGAAUAAAUUAUCAAAAAGCCAGGACCCCCUAACCCUUACAUGCCAAGCUAUGCCUCCAGAAAAAUCAAACUUGAACAAUGAAGAACAAAAAUGAAACUUUACAUGACAAACAAUGAAAAGGAAAAAAAGGGAGAACAACCACUUUAUCUUUAACCUUUUUCCUUUCCAAGGGACAGAACCAGGAAGCUCCGCCUAUACUGCAAAAACCAGCCAAUCACAGUGCUGGCUGAUAUUUGAUGAGUUUUAUCAUCUCUGUUUACUGUUAAAGACUCACUUAAUGCUGACGGAACUGGUGUGACAUCACUUCCUGUCCGGCGGCGGUGGUGGUGGUGGUAGAGGAAGGGGGCGGGGCACGGUGUGGGCUCACUUCCUGUUCGAGUGCGCUUUUGCGGGGGCAGUGAGCUCAGGUAACUUGAGAGGGGAGUCGGACACUUCGUCAAGCCCCUUCCUCCUCGGUUACUCAACCCGGCGCAAGGCGAGGGAUGACCUGACAGGAAAUGACAUCACACAGUUGAAUGGGGCGGAGGAGAGGAAUGGAGGGAUGGGGAAAAAGACUAAUUUCUUCAGUAUUUCUUCUAUCGAUUACUUCUCCUUCUUGUUCUUCUUCGGACAUUGGAGCUUGGUUCUUCUGUUGCAUUCGCUCAGCCUCCUUUGAUCUUUUUCGGAGUCCAAAAUUUGAUGGAAACCUGCAUGAUUGAUUAAAAUACAUUACUAGAGGGGAAAUCUAACUGGUGUGGGUGGGACCUGGGGGCUUUAUAGGAAACUUUGCAUUUAGGUUUUCAAAAAACAGAAGUUCUCUUCUUUCAGACUCUCUCUCUCUCUUGACAUCUCAAAUUGUAGUUUUACUUUUUAUGCGAAACAGGCUUUUGACAGUCGGCCGUUUUUGUUCGUCUCAGUUUUUUCUGCCGACGCCGUUCGAAAGCUGCGUUUCUACGACCAAUUUAAAAAAAGACAGGAAACACGGCAGGAUCACAUUCUCGUUUCCUGUCGCGCUCGAGAAACAAGAGGGAGAACGAGCGGAGAGAAGCGGACUUCUACCACACUUGAUUUAUUAUCGUUAAUGAUGAUAGUCUUAUGAAUAAUGAUAUCAAUGUCAAUGCAAAAUGACGAUGACAAUGAUGAUGAUGAUGAUACUGAUGAUUGAUUGGUUGAUUGAUUGUUUGAUUGAUAGAACUUGUUGCUGUAGAUUUGUUGUCAUGUUAUUUGGAGUUUUAAGUAUGCUAUGUCCAUCUUGUUUACAUCCGUUAUGUUUUUUAUCCCCCCGUUCAAUGACGUUUACCGGGUUCCUGAUGCCUUCCUGCAACUUUUAUGGGGCAAUGACGGCUUGGGAACAUUCACUUAGCAGCGUUGCGUGUUGUAACGCAACUCUUAAGAUACAGUCUCUCUUAUGAAUGGUGGAGGUAGAGGUCAGGGGAGCUUCAGUACCUGACUUCCAACGAUUCGUGGGGUCAGCACUCUUGUCGAGCCAACCCAAAGAUCAAGACUUCACGCUCAGAUGCAGGAGUAGAUCAUAUCAUGUCUGCCUUUUACACUGCAGAGGCUUCAGACAACCCUGUUUUACUGACGUUAAACUUCUACCAUGAUUGAAUUCUUCCACCUGCAGCCAAAAAAACCUACCAAUUUUAAUCUUUUCCCUCUGUCGGGCUCUGUAGUUUUGUAGUGAGAUCGGUUGCCGGCAGUCACAGCACAGUAUUGGUGGUACAGUGUUGGUGUCAGUAUUAGGUGGUGUUGUUCUCUUUUUUUGCCACCAGGGGGCAGUUAUCAGCACACAUCCUCCCCACCUUCCCCACUCUAAAGGACAGCCUCCGGGCCACUUCCUGGUUUCUAGACCUGGAGUGAAACCUCCUGUAUCUUUGUAAGAUUAAUAGAUGGAGUCCAGUCCUAGUCAGGAAACGUGGAUGUAGCCCAGGAGACGCCAUAUCUGUCCGUUUGUCGGUUCGUAAGUCCUUCUGUCUGCCCGUCUGUGCCAAUGCUGACCUCCCCUCCAGCCCCUACUCUCAGGUCUGGAUAACCAGAGAACAGUCACCAAAAUCACCGAUCAUACGAGGUUGUAGCAAAGCUGAAAACCUCCUCUGCCAAAACCUACUUCAGUAUCCACCAACCUCUCUGUCUCUCCUCAUCUACCUUUUCCUUUCUUUUCUGUCCAUUUGCUUCGACAUCUGUUCUUUCAGCUUGCCAGAGAGCGACACUGAAGACACUAAAAGGCAUCACAGGACAGAAACACAUAGGAAUAAUAAUUUCAUCCUUAUUGUUAUAUGAGGGACAACAAUUAUUGAAUAUUCAAUAACUCUAGGACAAGAUGAUAAAGUAUAGAUAACUAUAGAUGAUAAACUAAAUCUAGACAUAAUGCAGUAGAUGUAGUUAUAGAUAACAGAGUAUAAUUAGAGUUUCAGAUAUUUAUUUAUUUUGCAUACCGUUCAUGCUCAUGACACGGUUGACGAUCUAGCUACUCUUGAAAACUUGCGCUGUUUUUCGUCGCAGUCGCUGAAGCCAGAAAACAAACCCCAGUCCACGUGUUUUUGACUCUAUGCAGACCUCAUGAGCAUCCUUCAUUGUAUUAUUUUGUUAACUGCAACGCUGUGGUACUGUAACAACAGAUUAAUGAAACACGGAGGAAAAAAAAAUGUAUCGGAUCUGGGGAAAAAUGUGAAGAUCGACACCACGUUUGCACACGUCACUUGACAUCACACCUCGCAAUGAAGCCGCUUUCGUUCAUGUUACCUCUGUCGCUGUCUUUUUUCCCUCCCUCCUCCCGAUGAUUCUCCCCCCUCUCCAUCUUUCUCUCCUCUCCCGAAAUAAUGUGUCGCCUCCAGGCCUCGCAGUUGAGCAUAAGCGUAAUGAAGAAGGGGAUGGGGGGGGGUUUUGUUUUUCAUUGAUUGUCGAUUUGUUUGGCGGGAGUCGAGGGGCGCAAACCCGAAAAAAAACCCUCUGCCCUCACCUCCCAUCAAGAGAGGUUACGGCAUGUGGGGAUACUUCCCAAAUACCCCCUACAGAGCCACAGUGCCUUCUGUAUCAGAGUCACAUUCGUCACCCACCCCCAGAUUUCCUCGCCCCUGGCCGCUCCCGUCCGUCCCCCCUUUUCCCUCUGUAGUAGUUGAGAUCAACCACACUACGCCUUAAAAAGUCGAGUCCAACCGGCUCCCAUGCUAACAUGGAGAGCGGUGAUUUUGAGACUGGGCCGCGGUGAGGAAACCAAGCCAAGAGGGUAGACUUGGACGUAGGAAUCAGUAUCACAUCCGGUAAUGGGCUUUAAACUUUCCAUCCAAACAUACACAAGUUUUUUGUAAGAGUUGCCAAAAAAAAAAUCAAAAGAGAUCCACGCAGUUUGAAUCAGAGCUUCGUGGGUUUCGAGUUUUAACGAUUCAAACAGUCAUCGUUGACAUACCGGAUGCUGCAAAGCAAGCUAGCCCUCUUGGCCUCACCUCCCUAUUGUAGGAACAGGUGUGGCAUUGUUGUGUCCAUCGCGGAUGUGUUACGCGGGUCCAGUUUCAGGCGGUGUAGUGAGAGGUUUACAGAGGUGCAAAGCAGUUUGCUUACUUCUCAGGUCCCUCUAGAGUUAGGUAGCUAGGUAGUUAGACCACGUAGGGAAGCUAAAGAAAACAAGCAAGCCUCAGAUUGAGUUAUUGUAUGGUUUUACCCGGCAUGGCGUCAGACGUUGUAAUGUUAACAACCUCCCCCCCACCCACCACCAACACCCCUCACCCCCAACCUCCCCCGUCUUCCUUCACUAACCCACAUCACACCCAUCAGCAGCCUGCCAACGCACCAACACCCGACGCCAAGCGUGUUGACUGACAGGCAGGAAAAAACCCACCUCCAUUUUGGCUCUCCACGACACCACUCGCUUGUCCAGAAUUGUAACAGCGGAUCCAAAAUGGCCGACACACAACACUGCCCUUGUGUGAAAGCAUGUUGUGUGUGUGUGCUUUUUCCGAGAACAAAAUCCCAUUCUUUCGGAAGAAAAGUGAACAUCCGAUCUUUCUUUCUUUCUUUCUUUCUUUCUUGUUGAUUCACUGACUUUCCUGAAUGGAGUUAGGGGGGGAUUACAAGGUUUUUUGCUCAGUCAUGCUUUCUCUCCACCUCCGCUUUCCACGUCUUCACCUCCGGCGUCUGUCUCCCAUCAGUCUUAACCUCCUGACUUUAUCAUUCUCUUUAUGUUCUUCUUCGUUAUGGAACGAAGAGAAAAAAAAAAAAAAAAAAAAAAAAAAACCUAACAAAACCCGCACCAACCCAUCCACUCAGUCGGCUGUGAAAUUGUGUCAGUGGGUCAGUCGUGAGGCAACGUGUCGACAAAAACACGAAUAAGGGCUCUCUUUAAAAAAAAAAAAAAAA